GGAAAAGACCGAAUUAGAGACCAGGAAGUGUUGACGCGGUUUACAUCUGUCGGUCAUUCGAAGAAACAGUUACAAACAUUUGAACUCCAAAGGACGAAGUGCAAUUGUUCCUUUUACGUGGGAUAAGUUAAACCGCCGAACAGUGGAACCAUGGGGUUGGCUGAUCAAAAUAGUACGGAGCCACGAGAAGGAGAGUCUUCACAAGAUGUUGAUAAAGUUAAAUCUCUGCAGUCUCAAGUGGAUGGGGUCAAAGAUAUUAUGACCCAGAAUGUAGAUCGGAUCUUGGCCCGUGGAGAAAGACUGGAUGAUCUGAUGGGCAAAUCUGAAGACCUGCAAGCUGGGGCCCAGAACUUCAGGCACACCUCUCAGAAGGUUGCCCGCGCUUACUGGUGGAAGAACGUGAAGCUGAUUGUGCUUAUUGUUGUGAUAGUCCUUAUCAUUGUACUGAUUAUCAUAUUCCUUGCUACUGGUGUGAUCCCAACCGGUUCACCUGCACCCAAACCUCCCACUCUGGUACCACCACAGUAGGUUUUCUAUCAUUAACAAACACUCUCAUAUACACAUACGGAAAUAUGCAACCAUGUCCACACACCAGCACAAGUCAUUAACUUUAGGGUCACACACACACACCUUUUAUUUGCACAUUUAGCUCAUAUACCUUCAUAUCUUAUGGUAUUAAACCACCUCAAAAGGAGUAGCUUCCAUAAUGACAGCUUCGAAACCUGGUAGUGGAGGAUAGUCUAUAGACGCAAUGCUGUCUAUUUUCAUACUUCUCUCCUCCUGAAAGAUCAUUCUAGUCGCCACCUUAGUUGUCUUUAUGGUUCUCUAAAGUCUGAUAAAAUGCCACAGCUAUAUACAAAAACUUCCUAUAUUAUUUAUAAUGAAGGUUCCCUUGAAAUAGUCAUUUACUGGCAUUGGUUCGGCGAAGGUAAUGGGUGAAAGUUCUAUCGAUUGAAUUAUGAAGUAUAUUUAAGACUGUUAGAUUCGAUUUCAUAAGAUGUUACUUGUAAUUAUGGAAUACUUUUAGAUCUUCAAGCGCCUCUAUUUUGUAUUUAAUGGGUCACUAUCUUAGUGCUUUUGCCCACAGUUAUGUUAUUUGUUAAAGGUCAAACAAGAAUGUGUUCUUAUAACUGUUGCAUUACCCAAAAAACACCAUUUCUUUGAGAACGAUAUAACGUAUACAAUAAUGUUCAGGGUCAUUUUCCUGUCUUUAAAUCUUUGAAAAUAGGCAAUGCCCCAAACUUCAAAACAAACAGAUUUUUAUCCUAUAGAAUUAAUGAAUAUUUUUAAUGGAACAAGGGCACCUGAACAAGGUCACACAGAUAGGAAUAAUGGAUAUUUUGUGUAUCCUCACAUCACUGCAUUGAGUUUUGCAUGCACUGUACCACAUGCAGUCAGUACUGUAAUCAGAAUUUAGUGCAUCAAAAGUUUGGCCUUGCACUGUUCAAACCCUUGACAUGUAACUAACCUGGUUUUGAGAAAGGACGAAUGUUUUAGAGCCUGUACUGUAAUUUUUCGCUUCUCUGAAUGUUCUUGUUUGCUGGGUAGCUUUAUGCACUUUGCUUCGGAGAGGUCUACGUGUAGUUCGAAUGACUUGAUGGUGUUAAAUGUUUGUAAACCUGAAUCUUACGAUGUAUCUCAUGUUGCUUCCAUUAACAUCUUACUGUCUGUAAAAUUACGUUUUUUUAAGCAUUUUUAUGUUAUUCACCCUCAUUAAUAUAAACAGUUUUCGAUCAAGACGUAAGAUUUUUUUUUAAAAAUCAUCUACUAGUAAUAAAAAAGUGCCUUGGAUUUGAGUCUUACUAGCAUAAACAAAUAUCUGGGAAAUGUGAUAUUUUGUAAAUAAAAUGAUCUCAGCAAAAGUGA